CAGAGUGUUGCCGAGUGAUCCAACGGACAGGCUCUCAUCCUUUGCUUGUUACAUGCAAAUUCAGUGAAGGUGCAUGGCAAGGUGUCACUGCCAGUAUGCACUGUAGAGAUGAACAACCCUCCAAAGCGUGUCUCCGCACAUAGCCAGCCAACAUGAGAAGACAAAGAGCAUUCACCCAUAGAUCCAGAAAUGGAUGUCGCACCUGUCGGUCACGUCAACAUCAAGACUAGGCUCCUGAUCCUAGGGUCCCGCCAUAUCAAAUGUGAUGAAACCCCAAAUGCAUGCCGCAACUGCACUUCCACAGGGCGCAAAUGCGACGGGUACACUCAAUAUCGACUACCCUCUCGUAAGGUGACACUACCAGUCUCCAAACCAUCAAAGAGCCUCAUCCUCUGUCUCCCUGGACUGGAUUCCGAUGAGCGUCGAUGUCUCCAGUUCUUCGAGCACAACACCAUCCCCAUGCUAGUGGGGUAUGCGGACUCGGAAGUAUGGCAACGUCUCGUACUACAAAUGUGUCAUCGAGAACCCGCCGUCUGCCACGCAGUAGUCGCGCUCAGUGCCUUUCAUGAAGACUACGAACGGAGCAUCAAAGCUCUGAAAUCAAAACCCGAUCACCGCCAUCACCACUUUGCAUUGGAACAAUACAAUCGCUCCAUGGCAAUGUUGCGCCGGCGCAUCCAAUCCAAUGGCCCCCAAGUCCGUGGCAUCACACUCAUGUGCUGUAUCACCUUCAUCAUCCUCGAACUCCUCGAGGGGGACUACACCAACGCCUUCUCCCAUCUCCAACAAGGCCUCAACAUCCUGAAAACCCAAUCAACCCACCACGCACUAACCACCGAGCGCAUCCUCGCCAAAGCCUUCCUGCAGCUCAACACCCCGCGAGCCUACUGGAAUGGCCCUGACGUCGUCGUAACCGGCCACCCUCCCAAGGGCAGCGUGCGGGAAGUAGCAUACGAAGUCACGCCAAUCCACAACAUCGCCGAAGCAAAAGAUCGUCUACGCGUACUAAUGAACAACAUCUUCCACCUCCAAUCUCUCUGCAACCUCUUCUUCCGCGGCGAACAAGACCCAAAUCUCAACACUCUAACCCUCUCCGCAAAACAAACCGCCCUCCACCACGACCUAACAGACUUCACCCUCGACCUCAAAUCAUUCAUCUCGUCCCACGAAUCCAACACUGCCUGGACGUUACGAGAAACCCGCAGCGUGGACGUCAUCCUCACACACGUAGCAACCCUAACCAGCAUGCUCGGCUGUUCCCUAGACACGACGGAACUAGGUUACGACAACUUCCUACCCGAGUUCAAGCGCAUCAACGACCUCUGUGAACGAAUCAUAGCCACCUUCGUGACUGAAUACGGGAGUUACGAGAACCUCCCCACCAUGGUCACUGAUAUCGGUGUCCUACCAUCGUUGUUCUGGUGCUGUGUGAGGUGUCGGGAUGCAGAGACCAGAGAACGAGCGCUUCAAUUGCUGAAGGUGUGGCCCCAUCGCGAGGGGUUUUAUGAUUCGUAUCUGAUAGUGAAUAUUUGUCGAGGAUUGAUUGACCUUGAGGAUGAGGGAAGAGAUGCUAAAGGGUUUAUCCCGAGAAAGUAUCGUGUGUAUACGCAUACGAUUGAAGUUGCGGAGGAUCGGAGGAGUAUGAUUAUAAGGUAUGUGAUGGCUGGUGGUGAAGGUGGGGAGCAGGAGAGGAUGGUGGUGCUUGAGUACAGUUCAUCGCCGCUAAACGAAGGAGGACGGAACAGGCUGCUGCUCUAUUAG